AUGAACAUGAAAGCGUCGUGCGAGUUCGUCUUGUUGAGUGUGCUGUUCGCAUUCUCCUGGGGAAAAGACAUCCAGAAAACUCGACUACAGCCGGGAAUCCCGAAGCAAUCUGUUCGCAUAGAAUCUAUAGAUGUACCACCCGCUGAACCGCCUGCUUUACAGGUAAAGAUGGUUAUCGAACCCGGGGGGUUCUCCCUACAAUGGCCUAUACAGGGAGGCUCCGCCCGGAAGGGGUGCUUUUUUCCGCUUUCUGGUAUACUAUUAAAAGUGUAGGGGUUUCACUUGUUGAAGUAUUUUAAAGGUUAGGGAAAUCUGUCUUUUCGGUUUUUUAAAAGUCCCAAAAGGGCUAACAGGUCAGUAGAUUGUUGAAAAAAAUUUCUGUUUUUGUGAUUAAUUCAUACUUCAAUUACAUCAGAUGCAUUUUUUUCUAAAACAAAAAAUGUAUUUUGUUCUUUCGUUUACUCGUUCAUCGCCUUGCCGUAAGGGUCAAAGGAUCAGUUUGCCGUUUUAUAGUUUGAACAAGAUAGUUGUUAUUGAACUGAUCCACCUCCACAACUGUGAGAUCCGGCACCACUCAACGGUUUGUCGCUGAGGACAGAAAAAUAUGGUCGCUGGCUGAAAUGAACGCAGGGAACAUACGAAAUGUCGCGUCAUACUUUCGCGUAUUUUGUAUACAUACAGAUUGCAUCAACGGCAGCAAGGUUUCUCGAGGACGAACUUGUGGUUACCGGACGCUAUACUGCUUUUUCUAGCAAUGAGAAAAUGGUGGCAAUUCUCCACAGAGAACUAGAGCAUAAAGUUGAAAAAGUUAAGCACAUGAAGUUGGAGGUCUUGCGGCUGAAGACCAAAAACAAUAUGAAUUUCCAGCCUGAAUAAACCAUAACUGAUAAGUACAUGUUAAUUGUUUGUGAUUGAAUAAGGAUGGAGGGGAGGGGGGGGGGGGCUUAUUAACUUUCCUCCUCUGAAAAGGGGGGGGGGGCUUAUUAGAGAGGGGGGCGUAAUAGAGAACUUUCGGUAUGUUCAACGGAUAGCGCUUUGUGUCGACACGAUAUGCUAUCCUGUCAGGGUACAUGUUAAUUGUUUGUGAUUGAAUAGGGAUGGAGGGAGGGGGGGGGGCUUAUUAACUUUCCUCCUUUUAAAGGGGGCUUAUUAGAGAGGGGGGGCGUAAUAGAGAAUUUUCGUUAUGUUCAACGGAUAGCGCUUUGUGUCGACACAAUAUGCUAUCCUGUCAGGAUAAGUACAUGUUAAUUGUUUGUGAUUGAAUAGGGAUGGAACAACUUAAAAUAAUAGAGAAUUUUCGGUUUGUUCAACGGAUAGCGCUUUGUGUCGACACGAUAUGCUAUCCUGUCAGGAUGUGAACAACUAUCUGACAUGUGACUCCCCACUUUAGAGACAGGCGCGGAGCAGCUUCGCUCCGUUACAGAAAUCGCGCCGAUGUAGCCGUUCUUAUAUAUGUGUGAAUAGAAGCCCUAUACGGCAUGGUCUUCGUGCCGACGCAAAAGGUUUCCGAUAUAGUGUGAACAGAACUCCAAUCUUAUUUUUAAUCCCCUCUUAGGUUAACUCGAAGAAGAAUUUCGAUUCACAGAGGUUUAUCUCAGAAGGUAUGUUUUAUUAAAUAUUUCCUUAUAAAUUUAGACCCUGUUUACGUGGAGUGGGGGACCCCGGUCUAGUGGGGUACGUUUCUUUUGUUUUGUGUCCCCCAGAUCAGGGUAUAGAACUUCACUAUGUAGCAUCUUGAACAUAUUAUGUACUGUCUGUUUGGACCAGACGCCUUGACAAGAGGAUGAAUUUUUACGUUUUUAAACAGAAAAAAAAUUUUUUCCAUGAUGUAUGCGAGAUGAAAUCAAUAAGGGCUGGAGCUAAUAACCCGGAGCGUGUAUUGCCAACUGCUAUACUUUAGCCUAUGUAACGGCGCUUACACAGAUCAAGUUAUUUUAGCAUCAUUUUGGAGCACUUUUCCCGCGAAAAUGCAAGCACCGAGCCGUCUCCCGAUCAGGGUCUUAAAAUAAGGUAUCUUGUCUAAAAGAGUGUAGCGAAACUGAACGAUUGUUGCCAUCAAAAGGAUCAGGGUUUGAUGGCCUCGGCGGCACAUCUCUACCUAAAACUUCCCUUUUAUGCGCAACCCUUAGCCCCCACCUCCCCUCCCUUGUAAGGUCGUUUUUAUAGGAAGAGUGAAUAUCUACCUAAGUAACAAUUAGCAAAAAAUUCUUGCAAACACCAGUUGGACAAACAGUAGCGAGGGAAAGCCGGAUCUGGUUGAAGAUCAGAAUCAGCAAUAUAAAAUAACGCUUAAAAUUGAUGGCAAGGCUGAUCGGACAGUUAAGGGUUGGUAACUUACAGAUUUAUUUGCCCAGUAUUUCGACUAGACAAAGCUAGUCCUCAUCAGAGGCUAGAAAAGCUAAGUGAGUAUAGAAUAAAAGGUUACAGUAUUUAAAUUUUGUCCUCUGAUCCCGUGAGGAAUUUUUAAAAUUAGAUCUAGAGUUGAUUUACUAUUGCUUUCAUGUUAUCAUGAUGCCAAUAGCUAACAGCGUAGUUCCACCGCACCACCGGAUAUAUAAAGCACACUCAGCCCUCACAAUCGCUUGAUUGACCAAUCAAAAAGUCUUUAUUGACAAAAUCACAGCCCAAGCCAGGCCUUGUUCGCAGCCAGUUUCCCUAAGCUCGAAUUAGAAAAGAGAGGUACUGGUAAGGAGCUUGUUUUCUUUUUACUUGAUAAAGGCGAAAACUGAACUCAAAUUUCAAUGCAUACUGUGUAGGAAAAGCCAAAUAAAUAGGCUAACCUUUCUUUACACUUCCGCUAGCCCCUUCCCACGCCCUUAGCGCUUUGGGUUGCCUUAUCCGAUUCUCGCGUUGUUCCAGUCCAGACCUUCCAGAUCUUGUUUAGAAGCCAGUUAUGCUGUAAAGUGACUACAAAUGUCUCAUGUUGUUUCUCUCUCAGAUGCAAGUUGUGUUGACAAAUCGCCUUACUGUGGCAACUGGGCGCUCAGAGGCGAAUGCAAAAAGAACCCACGUUACAUGGAAGGAAACUGCUGUGUUUGGUGCAACCAUAUAAUAAGUAUGUAAUCGGAAAAUGGAACGUGUCUUCUUAUAAACGUUGAAUCUUUCCAGUUGUAACGACUAGGUUCUAUGCAAUCUUGUAAACAGCGGGUUCUUUGUGACGCAACGCAACGUUCCUCCCCACAAGCGAUAUUCUUUUUUGUGAGAUUCUGAAAUUUAAUAAUAAUAAUAAUAUAAUUUGGAAGUUGUGAGUCAAGAUGACCCAGGAUUUAACAAGAGAUCAAAAUGAACAGAUUCCUUCUCCGCUGUUUGUUUCUUCUUAUGGAUAGAUGUGAGGGAGAAGAAGAAUGAAACAUUUUGCCUUCUACUACCACCUUCUCCUUUCCCACACCUUUCCUUUGUGUAACUCUUUUUGCGGUAACCUAAUAAUAACAACUAAAAAAAAAAUCAGUCUACCGCAGACAAAUCUUCAUCUGGGACUCUAGAGGUUUUCUUCUUUAGUGUAAAAAAUUGACUGAAAUGCAUCCCCCGAACGUGGGAUUUUUAGCAACAGCUGUCUACGAGGGUUACUAUGUGUUAAACACGGUUGUCGUUUGUUUCAUUCUCUUUUGUGUGGACAUCUUUGUUCUGCAAACAUCGGAAAAACAACGAUUUCUCUCUGGUCAAUAGAGAUCGAGGAGAAGUGUGACGUCACGUAACCAUGGUUGCAAAAUUUCUGGACAUCUGUUAGCCGUCGUUGCACGUCGAGUGCACAUGAAACUUCCUAAUUUCACGCGCCCUCUUUGUGGAGCACGUGAACACAACACAGAAUUAUCUUUUUCUAAACGGUCAUUUUCGAUUCAACUCCAGAAAGUCACCAGAAAAGUUCGUCAACAUUCUACCAACUCAAUUGAAAUGAAUAAGAUCGAUGAAGUCUAAAACAGUUUGAAUACACUUUUCAAGUGAUGUUUCCAGUUUGUUGUCAUCCAGAAAUUUCGCUACCGUGGCAACGUGACGUAACGACUUCUCCUGUCCAUUAAAGGUUCAACAGCUAGUGCUAUUUCGAGAAAGGUUGUCGGAAAAAGUGCACGCGACAAUCCCGAAAAGUUUUGUGAGUGGUUUUGUGUUCAUAUUUUUUCAAAGAAAUCUGAAAGAACAUCCACGGUAUAUUGCGAGUGCUAAAGAAAAGCAACAAAAGUAGGUUUGACAGCUACAGUUUCAAGAAACAAUGUAUUGAUUAUUAUUACAUUCAAUAUUACCUUUCGGGAUUGUCGCUUGCACAUUUUCCCGACGACUUUUCACGAAACAGCUGUAUACUUUUACUAACAUGGAUCAUUGUCACCAUAGCUUUACAGAACAUUAAAGCAAACUCUUGCAGCGACGAUAACUCUCAUUGUGUUCAUUGGGCAAAUGGAAACGAGUGCUGCAAAAACCCCGCCUAUAUGCUGGAAAAUUGCUGUUCGGCCUGCAAGGCUAAAGGU